AUGGAAUCUGGGAGAAGGGGAUGGAAUCUGGGAGAAGGGGAUGGAAUCUGGGAGAAGGGGAUGGAUUCUGGGAGAAGGGGAUGGAGUCUAAGAGAAGGGGAUGGAAUUUGGGAGAAGGGGAUGGAAUCUGGGAGAAGGGGAUGGAAUCUGGGAGAAGGGGAUGGAAUAUGGGAGAAGGGGAUGGAAUCUGGGAGAAGGGGAUGGAAUCUGGGAGAAGGGGAUGGAAUCUGGGAGAAGGGGAUGAAAUAUGGGAGAAGGGGAUGGAAUCAAGGAGAAGGGGAUGGAAUUAGGGGGGAUGGAAUCUGGGAGAAGGGGGUGGAAUCUGGGAGAAGGAGAUGGAAUCUGGGAGAAGGGGAUGGAAUUUGGGAGAAGGGGAUGAAAUCUGGGAGAAGGGGAUGGAAUCUGGGAGAAGGGGAUGGAAUCUGGGAGAAGGGGAUGGAAUCUGGGAGAAGGGGAUGGAAUCUGGGAGAAGGGGAUGGAAUCUGGGAGAAGGGGAUGGAAUAUGGGAGAAGGGGGUGGAAUCUGGGAGAAGGGGAUGAAAUUUGGGAGAAGGGGAUGGAAUCUGGGAGAAGGGAAUGGAAUCAGGGGGAGAGGGGGAUGGAAUCUGGGAGAAGGGGAUUGAAUCAGGGAAAAGGGGAUGGAAUCUGGGAGAAGGGGAUGGAAUCUGGGAGAAGGGGAUGGAAUUUGGGAGAAGGGGAUGGAAUCUGGGAGAAGGGGAUGGAAUCUGGGAGAAGGGGAUGGAAUAUGGGAGAAGGGGAUGGAAUCUGGGAGAAGGGGAUGGAAUCUGGGAGAAGGGGAUGGAAUCUGGCAGAAGGGGAUGGAAUCUGGGAGAAGGGGAUGGAAUCGGGGAUAAGGGGAUGGAAUCUGGGAGAAGUGGAUGGAAUCUAG